UAUAAAUAAGAUUAUUUCGUGGAAACGUGAAGGUAUAAUAACGUAGGAUAGAAGUAACAAAACAAGUACUUUGUGCUUUUUGGUUCGUUGCUUGUUCGUAAUUUUUGCGUGUUUCAAAAUCGAGAUGUUCCCUGUCCUUGGUAUAGAAAUAAAAGUCGCAGAAUGUAUCAAAGGCUCAAGGAAUAUUCUGGACUUUUGUUGCUAUACCAUGUAAAUUAAAAUUACACCUAUCUAAUUUCAACUUGGUUUAAUAAUUCUUGUCUCUGGCUCUCGGGUGUUUUACCGUCACUGAAAUAUGGCGCGAAGAAUUUCACAAAAGGUUAGAAUCUAGUUCGAGUCCGGUAAUUUGUGUAUGAAAACCUAGAAGAGAGAGACACCAGAAGUAUACUUUUGUUAAUUUCCCGUACGAUUGUAUAAAUUAGUAAAUUCCAAGAACUGAAAGUAGCUGCUGAAGUUGAGGAAACCUUUGUCGAGACCAAUAUUCCCCGAAUUCUGGAAUAAACGAAAAGAAAAAAACCACCAAAAAAUCAAUGACAUUUUUUAUUAGCCAUCUACAAAAUUGCUUCUCCGUGAGAAACAAAAAGGCGCGAGUUAUUUAAAUUCUUCUGUUAUACACGUAAGGAUCGACAGUUCCUAACUUGGAAAAAGAGAAACCAAAGAUGAUACUCCGAAUUCUCGGAGAUAUUCUUUGAAAUUGAAUAUUCGUCGCUUUGCUGCGCUCAGAUUCGUGAGCAGGCAGCACGACGGGAAACGGGGUUAUUUGCACAAAAAUAUCUCUCCUGCGUGUCGUCGGGAACUUUCAAGCGAGAUGGGAAUUGAACCGAGAAGCUUUUAAACGUUCGCGAGACGUAAAAAUCGAGACGGAGAAUCGAUCGACAACGUGCAACAGGUCUCCCACCUGCGCCGAUCCCGCAGCCUGAGAGAGAACUGUCAAUGCCCCGUCGUUUCGUCCACGCGCCUUCUCGUCAUAACCACGCGAAUAACAAAACACGCGACUUUCUCCCAACCAUCAGCCGCAAAUACAAUUUCCACGUGUUGCGCAGAUAAGUGGCUUCCCCAGUCGUCGGCGAUCGAAGGUAAUUCACGUCGGACGGCCGAGAGAUCCAGCUGGGAAUCCCCGAAAGAUACUCCUACCGAGUGGAACGAGAGAGAGUUAUUGAUCAACUGUGGCCGCGAGCGACAGAAGAGGAGAAGAAGAGGAAAGAACCUAAGUGACGGAAUAAUACUUGUGACGGUCGGAGCGAGGAGGAAGUGUCGUCGUGUGUUAAACCGGUCCGAGACGAACGAGGAUCGACGAGGAAUUAUUUCCUUCUUUUUUUUUUCUUUUCGUGACGAAGAACUGGAAGAAAAUUAAAGAAGUACGUACGCGCACGUACGUACAGUGCCAAUUGGAAAGUGUCGAUUGUUCCGCGUGGAAGUAAGGAAUAUAAUAGGGAGGACUGGCGAGGAGGAUUCAGGGAGGAAAGGGGGCAAACGAUUUUUCAUCGGGUUCGAGUUGGUCGAGAGAGCGAGCUUGAAUUUCUUUUCCAUGGACGCGCGUCGAAGGUAAUCGAGCGCAGCUCCAGCCAGGACCGCCGACAUCCAAGGGGGUCCAAAGCACCACAACUUUCCUCGGGAUAAUGCGAAGCCUGGAGAGGUUAUCGGGUAGCGAUCAAGACUGCGAUCAGGAGAUGUAUAUCGACCUGGACGACGCUUCCGUCGACUCGCUUACCGGAAAACGCAGUCGCCAUCAUGUCGUUGGCGCGGAGGUGGGUGAGGAGAGCGACAGCAGUGGCAGCGAGAGGAGCCCGAAACAGGCGAAGAGAAGAAACCGCGGUGGACCACCAACGACGAGGAGACGAAAAAGUGGAAUUUCCGCGCGAGAGAGGAACCUGAGGAGGCUCGAGAGCAACGAGAGAGAGAGAAUGAGAAUGCAUUCCCUGAACGACGCUUUCGAGCAACUACGCGAGGUGAUACCGCACGUGAAAAUGGAAAGGAAGCUCAGCAAAAUAGAGACGCUUACGUUGGCCAAGAAUUACAUAAUGGCCCUGACGAACGUCAUAUGUGAAAUGCGCGGCGAGGAGCAACCGUACACAUUCGUCGAUGGCGAGUGUGGCUCCAGUAGCGGCGACAGCACAGGCCAAUUAGAAUUAAGUGGCGGUGAACAACCGGAAGAAGCAUCCCCGGCAUCGAUGCACGAAACCAACAACAAUAGUCUACUUCAUGAAGAUUUAGAGCGCAGGAUACCGUAGCCGGCCUAAUUGCGUCCAAACAACACGGUCGAUCCUUCGUUGACAAAUCCUACUUCGAUGAAGCUGAACUUCGUUCGUCAGGCUGUCUUCUUCUUGUAACCAGUCGAAGAAAAAAGAAAACAGAGAAGAAGAAGAAGAAGAAGAAGAAGAAGAAGAAGAAGAAGAAGACUCUCGGUCGCGAAUUGUAUUUUUGUAAAUUAAACGAGAGCGCGAGAGAAGAGGGGAGAGGAAGAAAAACGAGAGACAACGACAGGAACAAGAGAGGAGAAAGAAGACGAGUUCUUCGUCGAAUCGAGAUGUGAAAACGAGAUGACCAACGGAGAAUCGUCGUCGUCGAGGAAACGAUCGUUAAACAGCCCUCGAGAUUUAUCGAAGAAGAUGCAAUUCGGCUUUUACGAAAUGAUCCGUCCAAGGUCGACCUCUGGAGAUCUUUCGAAGGCCAACAAGCUGGCAAGAUUGACAGAGAAAGAAAAAAAGACUGACUUCGCGGCCAGUCGCGACUGGGUGAAUUCUCCUUGUCCUUUUUUUUUUCUUUCUUUCUUUCUUUCUUUCCGUUCUGUUCGCGAACAUUUUUAUUCUUCCCUUUCUCCGGUGGCAAAGCGGCAUCGAUCUUCGUGAACCGGUACCAUCGCUGCGCCCACUCCCGACGUAUUAAUCAUGUGCCAAAGGUACUCGAAGCCGAAACGACGAAACGAGUAAACAUCGACGACGUCGCGGUCCAACGAUCGAGAGAAAUGGAAAAUUAUGACGAAUUCGCCAUUGUUCGGAGGAAGAUGUAUCGUUCGUGGGGGGGAAUGGAAAAUUUCUGGAACUUGGAAGGAUUUCGAGGUCGACGCCGUAAGAUCGAAUCGCAUCGACGACGAUAAACGAUCGAUCGAGUGCAAAAAGAAAAAAAAAGAAAGAAUAUGAAGUGCGUGAGAAACUGUGAUAGAAUUUCGUAUUAGAACCUCGUUGCACGCGACACCGUGCUAAAUACUUUUCUUUUCUUUUUUUUUUUUUUUUUUGUUUUGUUUCUUUGUGGUAAUCGUCUACAGUCUGCAAGAACCAAUGGAGGACGUUCGUCAGGCCGGAACCGGCCGUCUCCGGAAUGGACGAUCAAACCGGAGAUGACGCGACAAGUCGUUGUCCGACGUCGCAGAGCAACAAUGAAAGAAAACUGAUGAAAGUGACCGCGAUCAAAAGAAUCUAUCCUAUUCGUGGAUUCAAUCGUCAAACGGUACGCACAACAAUUAACGAUUAAUGUUUCCUUUAAAAUUCACUACUUACCGCUGUCAAACGAUUCGAUGGAAAAAGUUUGUUUCAAAGUUCUCGAAAAUGUAAAUUCCUAUCAAAUUCUCUACCUGCUCGCUGUUAAAUAAUUUCGAUCGAAUGAAACGAAAUUUCGACGAAAGAAGUUGUUCCAACGUUUUUUCAAAUACAAAUUAUAUAGAUUGUAUCGGAGAGAUUUCAAGCUGUUCUCGUCAUGUCGCUAUCUCCUCGAAGUGAAACAUAUGAUAAAAUAUUAAACGCUAUCUAUCGAAUUAAUCAGAUAAUCGAUAGAGCUGAACGUUACAAGAGAAAACAAUAUUGCUAUGUCGUUAUUACCGUCGGCGGUGAUAAUACCAAUACAGGAGGAAACAAAGAGCUCCGUUUGACGUUUGAAUCGAGUUUUGAAGGAAGCGGGUGAAAGUAUGUCCGAGAGACACAGACUUUCGAAGAGUAACGCGUACCUUAGACAUAUACAUAUUAUAAAUAUACAUAUAUAUGUAUAUAUAUAUAUAUAUCUAUAUAUUAAUAUAUACGUGUGUAUUAGCACGUUGGUGAUUAAUGCGUAUUAAUCACGAAUGUGAUAAUAUAUAAUAAUUUACUGUAUUAUCUCGAGAACGGGGACCAGAGACAUCGACUUAAGUUACCAAAUCUCGCUGAAACGCGAGAUAACGCGCCUCGACUAGCUUCGUACGAUCGAUCCCGCGAGGUUUUUCCACGGUCCUCUCUUCGGUAUAAGAGCAGGACGAUGCAUUUAAUCGAUGAGAUGUGUCAUGGUCGAUGAAUCGUACGAAACUAGUCACGUACGAUUUUCAUUUCAUUCGCCUUAAACUCGUGGAUGUUUUUAUUUCUCUCUCUCUCUCUCUCUCUCUCUCCUUUUUCCUUCUUCCCUUUCUGUUACUUUCUACCGCGUUUAACCGCCACGACAUUUCAAUCGCUUCCCUCCGACAUUUACUGUUGUACGUGAAACGAUACGAUCGUCGAGCCUAACCUGAAUCCUACGCGUUUGUUUGAAGUCAAUACGAAUUCUGGUUUCCACGACCUGGUGAAGAUUAGCGUGGCCGAACGAAUUUAGAGAACGAGAAUCCGGAUGUUAACGCGUACGUCUGAAAAUAUGUGAUACUUGCCUUGCGCUGAAAUCAGCGUCUACUGUCGAAAGAGAAAGAAGAAAGAAUUAGAAGUUUAUAAAUAGUCCUCGCGAACUCUCGCCUGCCUGGAUUUUUUGCGAGAAACUGCUUGGAAAAAUUGUUUCGAGCGUGAGCUUGCGACACAGUACGGUACGUACUCUCAGAAAAUGGCUUCAACGUUUCGUCAGUAUUGCGAUUGGCCUGAUCGGUGAUUCGAAAGGACGCUGAAUUUAACAUUUAGCGUCCUUCGAUCUCUGACACUAUAGCUGAAUAUAAAUCUAGAAAAACGUUGCCCGCUGUUUCGUAUAAAAGAGACUCACGCUAGAUAAUAUCAUCCGACAAAUCUGUGUUAACUACUACGUAUAAAUAUAAAAUUUGUAACGUUUCAAACAACUGAUGAAAUACAUUAGAGAUUUGUGGCAGUGUCAAACAGAAAGUCCCGUUCUAUUUGCCGGAGUUAAUAUCGCCGCGGUGUCUUCCUUUCGUCGACAUAGUUUCGUAUACGUAGUGCUAACUUCUUCGUUAACCCUCUGCGAAUCAACGUGGCUUUCCUGUGGCGAAGGGAACGCGACAACGCGACUACUCUAAUUGUUACGAUCGUGGUUCGAUCGUACCACGAUAUCUAGAAAGAAACUCUCUAUCGGAAUUUAUAUUAUUAUACAAGCGAACCUUGCAUUUCUGUGUGAAGCUUCCAACUCCAAGUUUGACGUAACGUACGAUUACUGCUUAAGAGAGAAAGUGACAUGCGCGUGAAAUCCUUGGUAAUGAAUGGUGUCUCUCUUUGUUUCUUUUCAUUCGACACGUUGACCCAGAGCGCGGAAAAGAGAAUCAGCUGAGCUAGUUUAGAUAUUUUAGUAUAUUCGUACGACUUUUGUAUUCCUCUCCCUCUUUUUUUUAUCAUCAUCUUUAAAUAUUAAUGGUUCUUUACGAACAUUAUCCCUGUCAAAUUACUAAGGAUUUCCAAGCAUACACGCAACUAAAUACCAUAAGAUUAAAUGCAAAAAAAAAAAAGAAGAGUGUAUAUAUACUUGAGUUAUGUUUCUAUGUAGUAUAUAUAUAUAUAUAUAUAUAUAUAUAUUAUACGAAAAAUUAUCCAUAAUACAUACAUAUAUAUACAUAUAUGUAUAGAAAUAUAUUUUCUAAACGAAAGAGUUUUAUAAGUGACCAUAUUCUGCAAACGCAUUUCUAUGCAAUCGUGUAUAUACACGCGCGCAGCGGUUGUGCGUGUGUAUCUACAUACGUGUUUCGUCGAAAGAAAGAAAUCGUGAGAAAUGAGAAUAUAUGCAUAUGUAGAUAUACAAACGUAACAAAUUAUGUAUAUCGUAUUAUGUAUUCGAUUCGAAAAGUGCACAAUCAAUUAUUUCCCGGCCCACUGAAUGAAUAGUGAAAUUCGAAGGACUACACAGAAAGUGAAACAGUGAGAAAUUCUAAAGAUUAAAAAAUAUGAAAGAGACUAAUUUUCUUUUUACAAUAACUGUUCGCACUUCAACUUAUAAUUGCAAUUAUCCUCAGAUAAUAUACUUGGAAGAUAAAAAUUUAAUCUCUGUUCGAAAACGAACGAGAAACAAAUUUCUCUCUCUCUCUCUCUCUCCCUUUUUCUAUGAUAUAUUAAAAAAUGAACUAUUUGUUUGGUUUAUUUAUAUUAUUUCUAUCUACUUUGUUUAUUUAGAACUGUGACACUUGCAAAAGCUAUCUACAUUUCCCUUGCUAUUAAACUCAGGGAGAACGAAUCUCUACGAAUUCAAUUCACAAUCAAUUUGAACUAACAACGGAUCGCAAAGUACGAUGAAUUAACGAUCCAUCUCUGUUAUAUAUCGUAACACAAUGAACGUUAUUUAUGACGUUACUUAAAUGAUCCAGUACAAAGUUUCACGCGAAAUUAACAUUCUAUAAACCAACGAUUUCGUACCAUUGUUCUAGACUGAAAAACUACGUGAGAUUUAUCACGAAUGUCGAUGGCAGCUAACAGUCGCAAGAAUCGUUCGAUUUCAUCGUCGUAUUAUAUUUCCAUACUGGAAAGUUUCUUUUUUUCUUCUUUUCUUUCUUUCUUUUUCGCGACUAUGUUUGUUGCGUUUGCAAUGCUAAGAAAUAAUUGAGUGUGUACGAUUAAUCCGGAUGUAAUGUACAAACACUCACACACACACACGCACACACAAAGACAGGCAUGUGCACGAGGAGUUUGCGCACACGUAUACAUAUAUGUAUAAGCAUACGAUUAAAUAAUAGACAUGAACGACGCGAGAAACGGAAAUGUAUUGUCUUACAAUGAUGAGUCGCAAAUGCGGGAACUUCCUUUCGUGUUGUAAAUUGUCGCGAUUGUAAAAAGCGUUUCGACGGAUUGAUAUUUUUUUUUUUUUUUUCUUUUCUCCACUUAGGAUACGUAUCGAUGCUGACUUCUUUUUCAUCUCCUUUCUUUCUUUCUUACGUUUCUGUUCGUUGGCAAAGUUCGACGAGGAUAUAUCGCGCAAUCAUGAAAUCGAAUUUACCGUUAACGUUAGAAAGUAUGAAGAAGUUCUACGCCAUAUUUUUCAUGGUUCUUUUAUUAUUAUUAUUAUUUUUUUUUUUUUUUUAAUGUUAUCGUACUCUUUCGAAGGAAUAUAACAAUCGAAGCUAACGGUGAUACACAUUUACCAUCCCAUUACACGUUCAUACUCACUGAUCAGAAUUGCAUACUUCAAGAGAAAACAUAUUCCUAUGCCACAUAUUAGUUUAUAUCUGCGCACCAUAUUAUUGUUAUCGCUAUGAUACCCUACGAUUUGUAUUAUUAUUAUUAAUUAUUAUUAUUAAUAUUAUUAAUAUUAUUACUGAUGUAGUUUAAUGUCACGUUAGUACAAUUCUUGUCAUUUCGGGUCGAUCGACGCACUCUGUGCGAACCCCCAUGUUCCACGAUGAACACGGAUCAUGAUAUUAUUUAUCGCUGAUAACGAUAGGAACUGAGUAAAAAAAAAAAGAAAUAGUAUUUGCAAUAGAAAUUAAUCGCACAAAUUAAGUUUUAACACGUUUCUCGUUCGAAAUCUAUCGUAUGUUUCUUUCUUUCUUUCUUUCCUUUUUUUUUUUCUUUCAAAAUUAAUCGCGAAUGAACGAAUCGACCGACACUUUUUUACGUGUUUCGAAUGCUAUUUUUGUUUGAUAAUGAAUUACAGAAUUUUACUAGCGUACGUGCAUAAACGAACGAGGGAAAUAUUUUGUAAAUAUAAUAUAGCAAAUAGUGAACGAUACGUCGCGUUGAUCGAACAUCACGCGUAAAGUGGAGCAUCACUAUAUUUGUAGAUACUGAAAGAGGUUUCGGAGAAAAUAUUUCAACUGGAAUCCUCCCUCGAUUCGGCCACUAUUCAUCUAACAUUUCAACACGCAUAAAAUACGCGCUCAUACUUUCUUGCGACACGUGAUACGGAAAACGAAUUUUCAAGAGAAUCAGUCCCGUUCGCUAAUUUUACUAAGGUACUUAAUUUCUGAAACAGGGUGCAAUCUUUUUAUGGCAUGUAUUCGUCCUCUAAUAUUUUACGAUUUGAAUAUUGACUACUGAUUUGAAUAUUGAGAACUUUUCUGGAACAUUGGGAAUUGUCUUCGAGUUAGAUAAAAGAAAGUUGAACGAAAGUUUUGAAACAACUGUGAAAAAGGGAAUUCGAAGUUUUGAGCGUCGAUUUUAUUUCAAAGGAAUAUGUAAACCUCAUUAUUGAAACGUGAAAUGCAACGUAUGAAAAUAUUACACAGAAAACUCUGACGACGUUCUAAAGAUUAUAAACAGCGCUUUAAAUAUAUAAAUAUAUAUAUACGUAUACAUUUGUGUACAAAACAGAAAUAUAAACCUCCUAAAUAAAAUGAGCUGGCCUCUGCAAGCCCUGUUUUACGUAAAAA